AUGGGUUUAGUGGUGGUCCUAGCUACUUUUGUUAAUGGUAUGGUUAUAGCAGUCACAAUUACGUAUAAGAAGCUAAGGUCCCCUCUGAAUUACAUACUAGUCAACCUUGCCAUAGCUGAUCUGCUUGUCACUAUUUUUGGGAGUAGUGUUUGUUUCCACAACAACAUCUUUGGGUACUUUACUUUAGGCAAAGCAUUGUGUGAAUUUGAAGGAUUCAUGGUAUCCCUAACAGGUAUUGUGGGCCUCUGGUCACUUGCAAUAUUAGCAUUUGAAAGAUACCUAGUAAUCUGUAAACCCAUGGGGGAUUUCCGUUUUCAGAAGAAACAUGCUAUUAUGGGGUGUUCAUUCACCUGGAUUUGGGCUAGCAUAUGGACAUCUCCACCUUUGUUUGGCUGGUGCAGCUAUGUUCCUGAAGGUCUGAGGACAUCAUGUGGACCCAACUGGUACUCCGGAGGUACAAACAAUAACAGUUAUAUAAUGGCUUUAUUCAUGGCUUGCUUCGUUACGCCUCUUAGUACUAUCAUAUUCUCUUACUCUAACCUCCUAAUGGCAUUACGAGCAGUGGCUGCUCAGCAGAAAGAAUCCGAGACCACACAGAGGGCUGAGCGAGAGGUGUCCAGAAUGGUCAUUGCUAUGGUAUUGGCCUUUCUUGUCUGCUGGUUACCCUAUGCUGCAUUUGCAAUAGUUGCAGCAUCCAAUAAAGACAUUGUUAUUGAUCCGACAUUAGCAUCAAUGCCUUCUUACUUCUCAAAAACUGCUACAGUAUACAACCCUGUCAUCUAUGUCUUCAUGAAUAAGCAGUUCCGAAACUGCUUAAUGACUCUUAUAUGCUGUGGACGCAACCCUUUUGGUGGUGAGGAUGAAACAAGCACGGCCAGCGUCCGUACAGAUGUCACUUCAGUGUCUGAAGGAGGUGGAAACAAGGUCACACCAGCAUGA